UUCCUUUGCUAUCCGAUGGAUAUUCACUGCAAGGCGGACCCCUUCGCGGCCAUGCACCGGCACGGGGGUGUGAACCAGCUCGGCGGGGUGUUCGUCAACGGAAGGCCCCUCCCGGACGUGGUGCGCCAGCGCAUCGUGGAGCUGGCCCACCAGGGGGUUCGACCGUGCGACAUCUCUCGGCAGCUGCGCGUCAGCCACGGCUGCGUCAGCAAGAUCCUCGGCAGGUACUACGAGACUGGUAGCAUCAAACCGGGCGUGAUCGGGGGCUCCAAGCCUAAAGUGGCUACGCCAAAGGUGGUGGACAAGAUAGCGGACUACAAGAGGCAGAACCCCACCAUGUUUGCAUGGGAGAUUCGUGACAGGCUGCUGGCUGAAGGCAUCUGCGACAACGACACCGUGCCCAGUGUCUCCUCCAUUAACCGGAUCAUCCGGACAAAAGUACAGCAGCCCUUCCAUCCGUCGCCCGAUGGGACGUCCCUGUCGGCGCCAGGCCAUACCAUAGUGCCAAACACAGUGUCUCCGCCAGUAACCAGCGCCUCCAACGACCCUGCGGGGUCCUACUCCAUUAACGGCAUUCUGGGUAUUCCGCGAUCCAACGGUGAAAAGAGGAAAAGAGAUGAAGAUGGUUCAGAUGGUUCUGGUCCAAACAGUGAUUCUCAGGGUAGUGUGGAGAGUUUACGGAAACACCUGAGGGCCGACGCCUUCACCCAGCAGCAGCUGGAAGCCCUGGAUCGGGUCUUUGAACGCCCCUCGUACCCGGACGUCUUCCCUACAUCGGAGCAUGUCAAACCGGAACAGGCUAAUGAGUACUCGCUGCCGAGCCUCAAUUCCAGCCUAGACGAAGUCAAGCCCAGUUUGUCGUCCAACGCCAACCCGGAGCUGGGCCCCAGCGUGUCGCAAAGCUACCCUGUAGGUCGAGACAUGGCCAACACGACAUUACCCGGGUACCCCCCUCACGUCCCCCCCACAGGCCAGGGCAGCUACCCGACUUCCACGCUGGCUGGAAUGGUUCCUGGGAGUGAGUUUUCGGGGAACCCCUACAGUCAUCCACAGUACACCACCUACAACGAAGCUUGGCGAUUCAGCAAUCCGGCGUUACUAAUGCCGCGUCGAGAGGCUCCGUCGCGCCCACUGCUGCCGCUGCCUAUGACCGCCACUAGUUACCAUGGAAACCAAAUCAACCUGCAGGACCGCCGCCUCAGCCUCUAUAUUUGA